AAGAACCAAAAGCAAGAGUAAAGGAAAUGGCCUUUUCACUUCAAAGAGCAUUAAAUAUGAAAUAUACAUCUACAAUGCUAUAUUUAAAUUCAUUUUACAUUUUAUGUCAGAUAAUUUAAUAUUAAUGAGGAACAUUGUUAAUGUUCCACUUGUAAAUAUUAUAUGAUUAGAAAAAGCCAUAAAAGAUAUGUAUACUGCUGUUCUAGAUAGUUCUUAGUCAGCUCUACUAUUCUAAAGUAAUUUGGGCCAAUUUGGUCUAAAAUCCUAAAAGCUAUUGAAGAAAACCUUGAAAAUUUACACUAGAAUAUUGACUAAAAUUAAAUAAAGCAUCAAAAGCUGAUGUAAACGGUCAUUCUAGAUGGUUCUUUAUUAUUCUAAAAGGGUUCUGGUUUGAUUUGGUCCAAUACUUUAAGAGCUAUUAAAGAAACAUUCUCUCAUUUGUUGACUGUCCCUAAAUAUGAACAGCGAAUGUCUGUCGAACAUCCAACCUAAAACUAACUACACCGCAGUAGUCCAGGUGCAAAAGAUCCACAUGUAGAAACAUAGCUUCAUAAUGAUAGCGGCGCCCAAGUAUGACCAAAAAAAAAAAAAACUGCUGUGCAUUCAAAAACUUUGCUCUUCCCAUUCAUGCACACGCUCAUGCUCCAUCCACAGACACGCGCUCAUAUUGUCACAGCUGUCAUCUCACCGGCAACAGUUUCAAAAUACAGGAAUUAUUACAACGUUUUAAUUUUACCGGGGCAAACUUUUUUUUCCCAGUAUGCAUUCAUUAAAAUCACCCGGUCAUGAAGGCUAAAACUGAAAGUAAUGGACAUUGUGUGAAGUUUUACUGAAAAAAAGAAAAGCCCCGCAGUGUUUAUAUAGGUGACCACCAGUGGUACGCAUGCCCUUGGUUGCUGACCCCAUCUCUAAAUAGUCUCUAGGGGUGAAUGUGAGUGUGUUUGGGUAUUUGGUUGUGGCCCUGGGACAGAAUGGCGAACUACCAAAGGUGUAUCCUGCCUUUGCCCAGAAGCAGCCAGGUCAGGCUCCAGCAGGCCCAUGACCCUGAAAAGGGCAAACCGGUUUGGAAAAUGGAUGGACAGAUUAACUUAUCCAAGUACAAGCAAGGGCGUGGAAUACGGUUUUAAUAAACAAAUCCUUUAAAAUAUUAUAAAAAAAAAAUAGGUAUAAAAAACCUACAAGUUAUGUUGCGUAAUGAACAACAAGUCACAAUUUAAAUACUUAAAAAACAAUAUUGACAGAAAAAAUGGGGAAUUAAGUCUAAAAGACUAUGAAUGUGUUUUAUAUUUGUGAAAAGAAAAAGUUGCAAUGAAGCUCAUCUGCUAACCUAUACACUACAAGUAGUAGAGCUACAUAAGCUAGUUCUUCUUUACCAGUCCUAGUACAUCACCCAUCCAUCCUGGGAGAGGAUCUCUCCUUGUGGACAUCCCUGAUUUCUUCAUUUUUUCCCCCCCAGAAUCAGUUUUUUAUGUAGUUUUUUUCUUACCAAGAUGGAGGAUCUUCGGACAUGGAUGCCCAGUUUAGCUUAGUCUGUUUAGUAUGGUAACUAUUGUUUAUAUUUUAUGACUGACUUUAUGUUUUUUUUUAAAUUACCAGUGUGAAGCCCAUUGAGACAACUAAUUGUGAUAUUGGGCUUUAUCAAUAAAACUGAAUCAAAUAAAAUGCAAUAAAAGUGAGUUGUGCAGAUUAUUUUGCAAUAACAAUUAAUUAGUCAUGUUUUUCAUGCCCUAACAGGACAGAAGGUAGAUUGUUUCAGGCAAACAGAGGCAGCACACACAGAACUGGGUGGAGCUUGGCUGCAAAAAAAAAAAAAAAAAGACCAACAAACUGUAUGUGAACUACAGGUUUGCUCAACCACUUUGCAUUUCCUUUGGACAGAGGUGGUGUUUUAUAGCUGAUAAGAGGAAACCGAUUAUUUUCAAUUAUUUAUAACUAAUAAAAUGGAGAAGGAAAAGCCACAGGACAGUAACAACUCAAAAAAACAAGGACAAGAGGACAGUUAUGACCCGCUGCUUAGAAAAGAAAUCUUCAUACCUAUGGACACCAAUAACCCUCUGACAAGCCAAAACCUUAUUGAGCAUGACAACGUCUCCAGUGCGAUUUUCACAAGGGACAAGGUGUUUAAAGCUGUAUCUCAGGGAGACGCAGCUCAGCUCCAGGGACUGCUUCACUACCUGCAAACAAAUGAUAAGAAACUCACAAGUCCAGACUUCAUAGAUGAGACAAAUGGGAAAACAGCACUACUGAAAGCACUGCUGAACCUUAAAGAUGGCAAAAAUGACACCAUUGAGGUUCUCCUGGACAUAGCAGAGAAAACUCGGGACUUGAAGGAACUAAUAAAUGCCUCUUACACGGACCCUUGCUACAAAGGUCAAACUGCUUUGCAUGUUGCUAUUGAGAGAAGGAGUUUGGACCUUGUUAAACUGCUGGUCCAGAAAGGAGCAGAUGUGCAAGCUAAAGCCGAGGGCACAUUUUUCCAGAAUAAUGGAGAAAUGGGUUUUUAUUUUGGGGAGCUCCCAUUAUCACUGGCAGCCUGCACGAACCAACCAGACAUUGUGUCCUUUCUCAUGGAAAACCCAGAAAACCCAGACAGAAGAGCUGACCUGACGGACAAAGACUCAGAAGGAAACACUGUGUUACACGUCCUGAUAAUUGUUGCAGAUGACUCUAACGAAACCACAGAGAUGAUUUCAAAGAUCUAUGAUGACAUUCUUGUGAAGCACUAUAAGAUUGAGGAAAACAGCCGAAUCCAGCUGGAGGACAUUGAAAAUAACCAAGGACUGACUCCUUUGAAAUUGGCUGCUAAGCUCGGCAAGAUUGGGCUCUUCCGACACAUGCUGAAUCGCGAGUUUAUAGACGAGGAGACCCGGCCGCUGUCAAGGAAAUUCACCGAGUGUGUUUACGGACCCGUUCAUUCUUCACUUUACGACAUAAGUUCCAUCGACACCAGCGAAUCCAACUCUGUGUUGGAGAUUAUUGUCCAUGGGAAUAAUAUUCCAAAUCGACCUGAGAUGAUCAAGCUGGAGCCUCUGCGCAGUCUUCUUCAGGACAAGUGGGAGAGAUUUGGUGCCAAACUGUUCCUCCUGAACUUUUUGUGCUACUUGAUGUACCUCGCCAUCUUCACCACUGUGGCUUUCUAUAGAAAGGAGGGACAGCCCCCAUUUCCAGUGGAAAAUCACCCAUCUGACCAUUUGCGUUGUGUCGGUGAGCUUAUCAGUGUGUUUGGAGCAGUAAGAUUCUUUUAUAAAGCGAUAACCAUUUUCCACAAGAAGCCACCAAACCUCCAUUUGUUGUUUACCGAUGGCGUCAGUGAAAUUCUAUUUUUCCUGCAGGCCGCCCUGCUCCUGUGCUGCACACUUUUGUACUUCUGUGGACGCAGGGAGUAUGUCAGCCUUCUCGUUCUGUCGCUAGCUCUGGCUUGGACGAAUGUUCUCUAUUACACUAGAGGAUCUAAGCAACUGGGGAUGUACCAUGUGAUGAUGCAAAGAAUGAUCCUCGGCGAUCUGUUUCACUUUUUAUUUGUCUACUGUGUCUUACUUUUUGGAUUUUCUGCAGCGGUGGUUACUCUCAUGGACAACUCACCUACAUCUCACAAUGAUACCCAUCCAAGAGCAAGGAGCUUUGUCUUGUGCGAAAAGCCCAGUUACAAUGAUAUUGGUUUCACCACAUUGGAGCUGUUCAAGUUCACCAUUGGAAUGGGAGAUCUGGAAUUCACUGAUCAAGUUCAGUACAAAGAGGUUUUCUACAUCCUUCUAAUCUGCUACAUCAUUCUGACUUACAUCCUGAUGCUGAACAUGCUCAUCGCACUGAUGGGGAACACGGUGGAACGGAUCUCAGAACAAAGUGAAACAAUCUGGAACCUUCAGAGAGCCUUCACAAUUCUUGACAUGGAAAAGGCUCUGCUACUAAAGCUGAGUAACAAGAUCCAGUGCAAGGUUUCAAAGAAGGUGCAUUCACGAUCUGGCAAGGGACGGAAUCAUAAAUUUGUUCGGGUGUCUGAAAUCAACUGGAAGAAAUGGAGGUCAGAUCUCGGUUUCAAACUGGAAGAAGAGACUGAAAACGAAACGAGCUCCGAGACCAACAAAGGAGAAUCCGGAACUCCAUGGAGCAUUAAUGGAUUUUUCCAGAGAAUUCGCUCUAGACGAGGCCGACAGCAGCAGAACACGGUUGUUUAAAGCAGUCAGACAUGUGAACAUUGAGGUGUACUGUUGAGGAACACUAACCCUAUUGAAUGUAAUAAUAAAACUACUCCUUCUGGUGAGUUGAGAAGUUCUACCUCAAAUUUGCAAUCAUUUAAUUUUAUGUGAUAUUUCCAAACUUUACUGUGGCCACUCCAGCUUCUUCAUGUAGUUCAAAAACAUAAUAUGGUGUUUAAAUUUUCACAUUGUGUGCAUCCCUGCUAUAGACUGGUGACCUGUUCAGGCCACACCCCACCUUUGCCCAACAGUUGCAGGGUUGGCUUAAGAAGCCUCCAAACCCUGUUAAGGGAUUUUUCAGUUUGGACGG